AAUGAAAGCUUACCUACGAAUAUUUACAAGGACAAUACCUUACCAUUAGACAAUAGACAAUUACUGCUCCAGAUGUAUCCCUGGAAUAAUCUCAUCAAGUUCAACCAAUUACCUAUGGACAAGAAGAUCGGAAACAUGUGUCUAAAUAUGACAAAGAAGCAUAAAACCUUGUUUAGAUUAUCUUACUAUUUCUCAGCUAUUAUAUGCCCAAUUGAUGUGGUCCUCUGA